CGUGAGGCUGCGCGAGCGGAGCGAUUAACAGCAGCGUCAGCUCAGCUGACUAAAUAAACUGACGGCUACUGUCACCACAGAAACACUCUACAAAGAAAAACAUCUGCGGUGUUUCCACCACGACGUAACCAUUUCGCAUUUGGAGGAUUAGAGUUUUUUUCUGGAGGUCAGGGACUAUGGCUAAAGCACGAAGCACAAGAUAUUCUCUGUACUGGGAGGAGACCGAGUGCCUCAGCUACUAUGAAAUGUUGUCCCUCCACGAGAUCUUUGAAAUCGUGGGCUCUCAACUUACAGAGACCGAUGUCGAGGUUUUGUCGUUUCUCCUCGACGAAACCUAUCCUGGGAAACAUCCCCUUGAUUCAGAGGGAUGGACUGAGGAGUUACCUGAUGGAACUCCCCUGGGUAAUACUCCAUGCCCCCAGCUUAUGAAAGCAUGGCGAAAGAUAAAGCCACGGAAUGAACGAUGGUCAAUCGCCUAUCGUCACCGACCCAAGAGUGGUGUUGAACUGCUGUUAGAGUUGGAGAGACGAGGGUACUUGAAUGAGGGAAACCUCGAACCUUUAUUGCAGUUGCUACGAAUUCUGACACGUCAUGAUAUCCUGCCCUUUGUCUCGCAUAAGAAAAGAAGAACAGUGUCCCCAGAACGAGAGAGAUUCGACCACCCAGAAGUAGAUACCUCCGGGGGGACACAGAUCAGCUCAAACACAGAAAUACCAUUCUUGGAAAACACUCAAGACCAGCAGUGGAGAACACGUGCUGGCUCUUCUGUGACAAUGACCACCCCUGGCCGACGAAAGCGGGGUAGAGGUCACUACUGUAGCAGGAAAUCUAGGGGCAAACCUGAAAUCGAACCUCAGCCAACACCCAAUAAAGUGACCUGUGAUAUCCGGCUACGUGUGCGUGCAGAGUACUCUGAGCAUGAGUCGGCUCUACGAGGAGGAGUUUCGUCAGACAAGCAGCAGCCUUUGGAAAGGCAGUUUGAACUGUUCAGCCAAGCAAGUUCGUUGCUUCGCACCCGAGACCUGGGGUCUAUUGUCUGUGAUAUCAAGUUCUCUGAACUUGCCAACCUGGAUGCGUUCUGGGCAGAUUACCUGAGCGGGGCACUACUUGAGGCGCUGAAAGGGGUCUUCAUCACAGACUCAUUAAAGAGAGCUGCAGGACAGGAGGGUGUCAGACUGCUUGUCAGUGUGGAUCAGGAUGACUAUGAGGAGGGCAGAAAACUGUUGCUCAGCAACCAGACAUACAAUGCUACAAAAUGGUGAACACAAAGGACUUUGAUUAAUGGCAGAAUGCCUCAGGACCUUCAGUGAAGGUGGAUGAAGAAAACUUUCUUUUGCCUUUUAUAUUUCAUUGUCCAUGGAGCAUUGUGACCCUUCUUGAAUGGAGAGCUUAUUAAAGGGCCACUUUGUUUUUUGUUUUCUUAAAAUGAUUCUUAAUUAUUUAUGUUCAAAUGUGGGGUUGUUUCAUGUACUGUGGGUCAGCUUAAAUGUGGACAAACACUCACUACUACACCCAUAGACUCUCGGAUCAUUCCUCUUGUAAGUGCUAUGAAUACUGUGCCACAGGUGGUACAUGGAUAUAAAGUGAAGGGUUUUCAUAAUGUCAUGAGACUUAUGAACUUAAGUGAAUCAUACAAAUUCAUGAUAUAUGAAAUGUAAGGAAGCUUAUGAAAGAAAACUCAAAAGAAUCACCAAAAAUAAACUUGUAAAGUAUACAAGCCCAAUUUCUAUUAUAGUGUAUAAUUAAAAAAAUAUUGUUAUAAAUAAGUAGUUAUAAUAGGAUUUUUCUUUUUCUUUUUCUUUAUACUGGGCAAGUGUGGACUGAGGUAAAGGGUUUUUGAAUGACUGAGUGCUAUCUUAGUGGAUAAGAGUUUGGGCUAUGUAACAAUACAAAGGACAGAAUCCUAUGCUUGCACCUUCAAUAUCACUUUUGAAUAUAGAACUUGAUUGGGCUAGGUCUCUCAAAGUGGCCACUGGACAGGGCAUUGAAUAUCGGGAGAUGCCACAAGAUGGGGAAGAGACUUGUUUUGAACUACUAAAAGAAAGACUUUCUGCAGUGUGGAUGACUUGGAAACUACAGUUGUACCAAAUACUCAAUAACUUCCUCUAGACCACAACAAGAUCAAUGUCAUGGAUUACCAGGGCUUCCAGAUGCCUUUGUUAAUGGUUGAUAGAAUAAGACUAGUUAAUUAUAAUAAGGGAAAUGCUGGUUUGACCCCAGCCUUGACAUACAACCUAACUAAACUGGUAUUAUUUCUAAACUAAUGUGUAAUUUUAUUUUUAGUAAAAAUGUUUUUGUUUAAUAUUAUGUAACCUGUUUGGGAAAAUUUUCUUUUAUGUAAAUAUAAUUCUUAAUAAAGUAUUGUCAGAAAAUA